AUGUCAUCGCGAGAACAGCGGCACGCCAGAGGCUCACACUACGGUGCGUCUCGCCACUCCGAUUCCGGUUUCAGCUCCUCAUCCGGCCGCCCGGCUGAUCCCAUCCUUUACACAGAGUUUGACUCCUGGCGUCAAUUUCACAACCUGGAGGAACUUCAGGAUGCCUAUAGGCAGCUCUGGGAAGUGAAAGAGAAACUCAAGGCCAGCUGUGCCCGAUACGAAGACGAGCUUUCAAACAAAAGGGCCCCAACUCCUGAGAUGGACACUAUUCGCAAACAACGCAACACCAAUCUUCAAUUGACCGAGGAUAUCAACAAGCUCAUCAAGGACAAAAAGGGACUUGUCAAGGAGAUUGAGACGCUCGGAAAAGACAAGGCCAGUCUGACCGAGAAAUUAAAACAACGGGAUGCCGACCUUAAAACGGCUGAAGAAAGCCUUGCGGCAGCCGAGGCCAGAAUUGUCCGCUACAGAGAAGAAAGGAACGCGGCACUGACUGCAAUGGAUGGCAAAAUCCGCAGCAGCUCAUCCGGCUCCUCUAGCGAUCUGAAAAAGGAAAAAAACAAGGCAAAGGAGGAGACGGCACGUCUUCGUCAACGGUUUGUUCGUGAAGACAACAAACCCGUUGAGCAUGCCCUGCCGACACAUCCACGGCGAAUGAGCCGCGUCGAAAGGGAGCCGCCGUACAUUGAAGACGAGAUAUUGAAUCGAACGGGCAACUACUCGACAGCUGCAACAACAGGAGGCUCGAGGAUGGCCUCUGUUGGCACAAGCUACCAAGCCCCUCGAUCCCAUGUCAUGGACGCUGCAGCGGAUAACCGGAAUGACCGCCCUCAGGAUAAUGGGAUGUACAACCCCAUUCCCAUCCCUCGGCCGAAGGGAUUCAAGUAA